AUGAUCUCCUCGCUGCUCUCCCUCGCCGCUCUGGCCGCGGUGCCCGCUCUUGCGGCUCCCACUGCCGCCGCCGCCGGCAACUGCUUCCCCCUGGGCAAUGCCACUCUCCCCGGCAACUUUGCUGCUCCCAGCACUCCCCUCGACCAGUGGUGGUGCCCUCAGUCCGACUACUAUGGCUUCAUGGGCUUUUCAUACCCUCUGGAGGACGGCAACUGCAACGACGCGUCCAACGGCUACGCCCAGAUGAACACGGACUUUGCUCAGAUGAAGAGGGACUUUGGCGCCAGCAUCGUCCGCAUGUACUACCCCGUGUGCACUCAGCCCAGCGUCUUCAUCAACGCCAUCAAGGCUGCGUAUAACAACAACAUGGGCCUGAUUGUGCAGGUCUGGACCAACUUUGGCGGUGGCAACGUUUGGCAGCAGUCCCAACAGGCCAUCUACGACGCCAUCAACGAUCCCUCCGUUGCGGCGAUUGCCCCCUACGUCGUCCACUGGGCCGAGUUCGGCUCGGAGCCCGUUGGUGACGGCAUGGACCAGGGCAACUUCGUCAACGACCUCGGCAAGUUCCGCGCCACCCUCAACCAGAAGGGCAUCUUGGUGGGCAUUUCGGAGGACUGGGACCGACCCGGCUCGAUGAGCGGCAACAACGGCCAGGGCCUCGGAUCCAUCGGCGCCGGUGUCAAGGCUAACUCGGAUGUUGCCCACAUCCACCCGAUGCCCUUCUACCACUUCAACCAGCCCGAGUCCCAGGCCUGGAGCUACAUCCAGUCUCAGAUCAACUGGGUCAAGACCAACGUCGGCCUGCCUACCUUUGUCACCGAGACGCAGUGGGCGUGGGGUCCUACCGACCACUAUGCCGGACACACCGAUCUGGGCCGUCCUCAGUACACCAACUUCUGGAAGACUUUCGACAACAACUGCGCUUACUUCAAGAGCCAGAACGUCGGCUGGUUCCUCCACGCUUGGAGGGGCGAAGAUACCUUUGACAUUAACGACCCUAACGGCGGCUACAUUAUUCCCAACUGGAAGCCUCAGAAGUGCUAA